GCCGCAGAAACUGCUCCCAGACCAGCAGCGAAUGGACGGACACAAGAGCACAGAACUCAUUUUGGAUUUUGCAGCCAGAGUUUGACGUAAUUCUUCCCGGGACAUCAGGAAUAGCCUGGAGUGUCAUCAUGGAAGUAUUUCCCAAGGAAGAAUAGAGAUUUCCUCAAACUGGACGUGGAGGUAAUGUGAGAAAGUUGUGAAAAACAUCCCAAAGCAAGCUGAGAGCAGUGGCUGAGUUGUCGGUUUUCCAGAUGUCUGUGCUGAUGCAGACAGCGGCUGCUUAAUGAAACACUCACACCCCAGAGAAAAAAGCUGCACUUUUCUUCAUUUAAUGCAACUUUCUGGAUCUCAGCCUCCAUCUGCGUCGCUGCUCAUGAAUAUAUGAGCAAUUUGGGAUCUUAUAGCAAACAAUCCCAUUAGAAUAACGGAGUUUUAAAGUCUCUGCAGGAUUGAACGACGCGUCGACGGUUCUGGAUAUGGACGGACACCGAGGAGAUGAGAUAAAGGAGCCGUUUUAAUCAAGAAGAGCCAGACAUUAUCCUGAAAAUGUUAUUUGGGUGAAGUCCUCGGAAACUCGGAAGAGAAGCUCAAUGAGUGGCACACAGUCAACUCUCACUGACAGGCCCCCAAGCAUUCUCAACAAGGACCCCACAGACAAGAAACCCAAAAAUGAGAAAUCCUCUGGCUCUCUCAAACAUGAGUUUGACCCCACAGGCCUUGUCCAGCGGUGUGUGAUAAUCCAGAGAGAUGAAAAUGGCUUUGGGCUGACUGUAAGUGGAGACAACCCUGUGUUUGUGCAGCUGGUGAAAGAAGAUGGAGCUGCAAUGCGAGCCGGUGUUCAGACGGGAGAUAGGAUCAUUAAGGUUAAUGGGACCUUGGUUACACACUCAAACCACAUAGAGGUUGUAAAGCUGAUAAAAUCGGGGUCCUAUGUAGCCCUGACAGUGCUGGGGAGGCCUCCAGGGCUUCCCCAGAUCCCCCUGGAGGAGGCAGAGGGGGAAGAGAAGGAGGAAGGAGCAGAGGUCAGCUCGUCCACAUCUCUCUCGGCGCCACACUCACCUGCACUGCCAGGCGGGGAGAAAUGCAGCCAUGUGACCAGCGGCACGUCCUGCGGCCCUCAGGAGCACAUCACCUCCGCUCUGCUUGACGGGGCUGAGAACAAAAACAUGCACAGCCAGAAGGCCGACAUCCUGCAAAAGAUGUUAACCAAGGAGCAACAGGACCUACAGGCAAAGGAGGAGGAGUACAGCAGAAACCCCCGACCGAAACUACUGAAGGAGAUCCAGGAGGCCAAGAAGCACAUUUCACUGCAGCAGGAGCAGCUCUGCAAAGCAGCAUUACAGGAUGGAGCCACAUGGUCCAGGAAUACUGAAUCUGAGGAGGGGGACAGCGGGCCUCCUCUGAGGGCGCAGACCCCGUCCUCGCGGGGUGACAGCGGUAACGACGGCUCCUCCACCAACAAUAACUCUAUUCACAGCAGCCCCCUCCAAGAGAGUCCUGGCAAAAGAGAGACACCCUGUCAGAGCCCAGACAUCAGCCGCAGAGACGGCCUCAGCUUCUGCCCAUCGCCGGACACUGAGGACACCCCCGACAUGCAGGACUCCAGUGCUCAGUGCAUUGUGGGUAACCCUCCCUACCUCCUCAACCCUCAGAUCAUCGGAGCAGAAGAUGACUACUUUGACUCUCAGCAAGAGCAGAUUAAUGGAGAGUGCAGCUCUUUUCAGAGUUUAGACUUGCUGAAGUCUCGGCCGGCUCACCUCGCAGUCUUCCUCCAUCAUGUUGUCUCGCAGUUUGACCCUGCGCCUUUGCUCUGUUAUCUCUACGCUGACAUGCACAAGCAAACCAGCUCAAAAGAAAGCCGACGCUUCUUCAUGGAGUUCCACUCACUCUUUAUAGAUCGAGCGGCGAAUCUUAAAGUACCACUGCCAGAGACAAUGGCAGCUGAAUUGGAGAAGCGGAGGUUGGAGUUAAUCCCAGAGGAGCUCUGCAAACAGUACACCCAGGUUUUACAGGACACACUGCUACCAGACCUGCACAAGAACCUGGAAGAUUUCAGACAGAAGCGUAGCAUGGGUCUGACUCUGGCCGAAGACGAGCUGUCUAAGCUGGACUCGGAGCAAGGAAAAGAGGCUUUGGAGAAGGAAUGCUCCUGUGCUGAACACAUCCUCUCCAAGAUAGAGGAUAUCCUGUUGACCUCACAGCCCACAGAAGAGGAGAAGUGCCAAACGAUGCAGUAUGUGAUUCUCACCUAUAUGAAGCACCUUGGGGUGAAAGUGAAGGAGCCUCGCGGCCUCGAACAUAAACGAGCUCGCAUCAAUUUCCUGCCCAAGAUUAAGAAGAGUAUCAAGCCCGAGAAGGAGGGUGAGGAGAAGGUGAAAAAGCCUCGGUUUCCCAACAUCCUCGGCCCUCCUCGGCGUCUGAGCCGAGUAGAUUCUACUUCAGUCGGUAAGGCCGUGGAGCUGAACAAGCAGCGGUCACCAAAGCAGCUCUCCCAGCCAGCCUUCGGCAUCCCUGAGCAGUCGGACUCCUCCGCCCUGAAUUCUGGACGGAUCCGUGGAAAUCAGCUCAGCGAGGGAUCCGACACCAGCACCCAACUUUCACCGUCCACCACCUCCCCGACACACAGCUCGCCCACUGGUCAGGCCUCAGACACCAGUGGACAAGACUCAGACUCCAAUGUGUCUCCAUUCUGCAUCCAGCCCAGACUGGGCGAGGGUCUGCAGGCUGGCGACCACCAGGACGGCAUCUCCAGUCCGACCAGCACUCAGUUUGACUUCAGCCCCUCCAACCUGGAGCAGCUACAGGAGGAAGACCAGGAGGCUUUCGGCAGGAUGGAGGUUCAGUGUGCGGUGAGCUCAGCUGACAUCCAGAGUGAAGACGACCAGGGGGGUGAGAUGGAGUGUGAGGAGGACCCUCUGAACUGGCAGAGUCUGGUCAGCCGAGGUGUCCUAGCAAGCCUGACGCCACAGGAGAUCAAACGGCAGGAAGUCAUCAACGAGCUGUUCUACACUGAGCGAGCACACCUGAGGACGCUGAAGGUGCUGGACUGUGUUUUCUACCAGAGGUUGAACCGAGACGGCAUCCUCCCCCCAGAGGACAUCAAACACAUCUUUAUUAACCUGGAGGAGAUCAUCCAGCUGCACGUUUCUCUAACAGAGCAGAUGACAGCGAUCAGGAAGAGGAGUGAGACAUCAGUGAUCGGUCAGAUCGCAGAUGAUCUCCUGGGAUGGUUCAGCGAUGAGGAAGAGGAGAAGAUAAAGAGAGCAGUGGGAACUUUCUGCAGCAACCAGCCGUCUGCACUGGAGCUCAUCAAGAGCAGGCAGAAGAAAGACCAGAGGUUCACUUUAUUCAUGCAGGAGGCUGAGAGCAACCGUCUGUGUCGCAGGCUUCAGCUCAAAGACUUCAUUCCUGUAGAGAUGCAGAGAGUCACCAAGUACCCGCUCCUGCUGGACAGCAUCGCCAAGUACACAGAAGACGGCGAGGAGAAGGAAAAGGUGAAGAAAGCUGGAGAAUGCUGCAAAAAGAUCCUCAACCACGUCAACCAGGCCGUCAAAGAGGCUGAGAACAAGCAGAGGCUGGAGGAGUAUCAGAGGAGGUUAGACAUCUCGUCCCUCAAACAGAGCGAAAACCCCAUGAUCCUGGAGCUCAAGAAUCUGGACCUGACCAAGAGGAAGAUGGUGCACGAGGGGCCUCUCUGCUGGAAAGUCAACAAAGACAAGAUGAUUGAGCUGUACACGAUCCUCCUGGAGGACAUCCUGGUUUUACUGCAGAAGCAGGACGAGCGUCUGGUCCUUAAAUUCCACGGCAAGAAUCUGGCCAGUGCCGCCGACAGCAAACACAUCUUCAGCCCCGUCAUCAAACUCAACACUGUCUUGGUUCGUCCAGUGGCAACUGACAACAAGUCUUUCUUCGUGCUGUCCAUGUCGGAAAACGGGGCUCAGAUCUAUGAGCUGACGGCCCAGACGGUGUCCGAUCAGAGGACGUGGCAGUGUCGGAUCACACAAUGUGCAGACGCCAUGAAGGCCAAACCUCACAACAGAGACACACCUCCAGCUCAGUCUGAUGCUGAGCGGGAUGCUAUUGAGAUCAUCAAACAUGGGAUGCCCAAGACGAGCAAAGAGCCAAAUGGGACAUCAGGUGGAAGCAUCCAUUUUUCAGAUAAAGACGCCGCCUCCUCUCCAGACAUUCAAAAUCCACCGAGUAUGACCCCGUUCGAUGGCAUGAAAUCAGAAGACGAGGAAGAGGAGCUGGCCAUAGCAGACAGACGGGAGGAAGAGGAGGAUGAUGAAGAGGUGGAUGAAGCAGAACUAGAGGCGUUCCUGGACGGGCAGCUGGCAGACAGACUGCCCUUCCUGCUGGAGGGGUCGCGUCAGGGCAUCGCCAUCGAAAGCCAGGAACACUGUGCAUUCAGUAUACCCCCCUCCAAAGGUGAAGAGGCUCUCAGGACAUUGGCGAUGCUGAAACAGGCUCUUUUCAACCACAUGAUGAGCAGAGAGGCAGAGGAGGAGACAGAGGAGAGGAAGCAGAGUGGGGCCGCUGAGUGUCAGCUGAGCUCUUUGCCUGGGAGCCCUGAGGGGCCCUCAGCUGCGUCUGAUGAGAGCCCAGCGUCUGCAGGUUCACAGAAAGACAACCCUCAGCCCCCUUCAGGGCACGCCGCCAUGUCUGAGACGGCGGAACGCAAUGGUGGUUUUGUGGUUCUGGAUUUCGGCGGGGGCUCUGAGGAGUGCAGCACUGAUGAUGAUGGAGGAGGUGACGUGGGCAUCGACAUGAGGAAACUGCUGUCCUCCUCCUCGCAGACAGGGGGCAGCGGUGGCCCCAACCUCAGCAGGCAGCUCAUGACCCACCUGCGCCUCCUGCAGGCCGACCUGCAGUAUCUGAAGGAGGUGGAGAUGAAGUACAACGAGCUGCGACAAGCACACGGCGAGCUGGCCACCGACUCAGACGACAACAACGAUGGGAUUCAGUGAUGAAAGACUUCCUGCUCUUUCUGUUGGAUGUUUCAUGUUGCUGCAUGAUGACUUUCUCCUGGACGGAUCCUUCAUCUUUAAACAGUGAUGCUGCCCGGUAAUGGAGGCUUAAUGUCUGAUCUCCCACUUCAGGCAUUUGUGACAAUCAGUGCAAGACGUUUUCAUCAUUAUUAGGACCGUUCCACCCUAAACUGAGGAGAGACACUGUGGAAUCACCUGAGGACAAUUCAGUCGCUUUUUGCUAUAACAACAACCAGCUGCAUAAAUUAUCUUAAACACUGGAGAUAUGAAGUGGAAAGUGGUGUGAGGUCACACAGCAGAGAAGCAUUCAGACAUGAACAGAGACAUGAAGACUGCGAGAGUGACCGGGACGAUUCUCUGAGGAUGAAGAAGGUAGAUCGCCUUGUUCGGGACUCACCAUCUGCAAUAAGAAAUAACCUCUACUGUGCAUAUUCAGCCCAACAUGCAGUUGAAGAGGCUUAACGAUAAACUUACUUAUUUUGUAACAGCACUGAAAAGCAGCCGUUAGAUGCCAAUAUGUCCUCUCACCACACUGAUUAUUAUGCUUUUAAAUUCUGCAACAUUCACAAAAGUCGUGCAAGAGGCUCUUUCAUCCAUUCCUACCAUCUCACAAAAGUACCUCUUUAUUGUAUAUCUUUAGCCUAGCUUAGCAUAAGCAGCUAGCCUGACCAUAACACUUUAUAUCUUGUUUGUUUCAACAGUGCACAGAGAAAUGUAAUAAUGACAGUUUAUGGUUUUCAGGGGGUGUUGCAGAUGUUGCACAAAAGUGCUGAGUGGAUGAAAUAAUUCCAGCAUAUAACUCCCAUUAUAACCACAAAUAGUUUUUCUAUAUGAUUCUGUGUGUAUUAUUGUUCAUUAAUGGGUUUUAGAGGCUUUUGUAGGCAUAUUUUUGACCUUUGAGCAGAGCCAGGCUAGCUUUUCCCCCCUACUUUAACUGUUUGUGCUAAGCUAGGCUAACCACGUCCUGAAUCCAGCUCUGAACUUAACUUGCAGACAUGACAGUGAUAUUGAUCCUCUUGAGCAAAUAAGAAUACUGUAUUUCCAAAAGUGCAAAUUUAAGUAUUCCCUCUGGCACAUGAAUAAUAUACCAUUUAAAAUGAGUUAUUAGGUGCUCAUACUCAUCAUUUAUUUUUGGGACUGGCCACAAAUUGUCAUAUUUCUUGUUUAUCGGUUGUCUUCUUGGUUUGAAUGUAAAGACAUAAAAAUGAAAUGUUCUUUAGCAGCUGACUUUUAAAUUUCCUAUAGCACUUGAAUGUAGCAUAAUAUAGCAAACAAACAGAUCCAACAGUUCAGCAGAUUCACGGAAUAAACAAACGAUACAGGAUGCUGAACGGACGGAUGGAGGUAAAAACAGAAAUGCCUUCUAGCCUCUUUUUGUUUUUAAAAUUGGAGUUUGGCACCAGGCAGGAGGGAAACGGAUGUGGCAAAUACAGUUUUUUUUCCUGAAGCUGCAUGAAUCUAAGAGCACAACACAACAUACACAUAGAAGCAAGCUUUUCAGAGCGUGUGCACAUGUGAAUUCACUGAAUUUAACUUAAUGGUAGAAUUUAUUUUCCUUUUGUAUUCCAGACCUUUUUUCUGGCCUUCAUGAUGGCGAAGUGAUCGACUAACCUGAGUGCAGUUUUCCACCUCUUUUGUACUUUGUCAAACACUAAAAACUACAAUCUUUUAUUCCCUUGAAAUAUUGUCAGGAGGUUUUCUGCAGGUUCGUUUCAGUUCCUGCAACAGGCUGCUCAUAAAAGCCGCGUUCAGCUUGUAACACCAGCCUGUCGUCCCUUUAGGUACAAGCUUCAAAGAUUCACUCAUCACGUCAAUGGUUGGACUGACCACAAGCCACAAGACUGCACAGAAGACAUUAUGGCUUUGAUUUAUGAAAGAAAUAUACAAAAAAAUUAAAAAGAAAAACAAACCUGAAAAGAAUAUAUAGAGAAAAAAAGGUUGUUAUGAGCUGUAAAGGAAUAUAAUGUACAUUUAUGACUGUAUAUCAAAGGUUUUCUGUGUUGUUGUGUUUUUUUACACCAUGAAAUCAUGUAAUGUUAUAACAAAAACUACUUAAGGAGAAGUUUAAGUGUCCACGCAGCACUAAUCUGUUUUAUAAAUGUUCUAUUCAAAGUGUUUUAUUUUAUUAUAUCUUUAUUAACCCUGUUAACGUGUUUAAAAAGCUCCUUUAAGAUGAGGAGGGUUUAAGCUGUCGUUAAAAAUGAAGGGAAAGGCUGAAACAAGCAUCAUUUCUUCUUCGAUGGUCUUGGGUGGGGAGUCGGUUUUAAUGACGGCAUCUUAUUUAUCUUAUCUUAUCAGUUCCUUUACAAGCUAUCUGUAAGUCUUGAAAAUCCUUGAAAAGCCUUGAGUCAGCAGCGUCAGACCUGGAGCAAACACCAUCACUACUGCAGCUGCAGAAGGAAACUCAUCCACAGACAAGUGUCGGUUUCAGCUAAAACUUUAAUUAACUUAAACUGACUCAUUUUAAUUGGCUUAACUCAUCCAUCCAUCCUGGAAACAACUUAAAAAGUGAUCUGAUAAUAAAUAAUUCUACACCAUAUUGCCCCCACUGGUUUCCCAUCAUGCUGUGGUAGGAAACAGGUAUUAAAUGUGAUUUAAUGUGAUAUUACAAAUUUAAAUUCAGUGUGUUGAACCCUGCAGAGACCCUACUUUAGCUCUUGCAAAUGUUACUCAAAAAGCUGUAAAUGUUGUAUUUGUUGGGGACUAUUUUCAGUUGUGGAUUAAUACAGAUCGUCCUUGUGCAAGUAGCUGCACGAUGAUCCAGAGGGGUCAUGAGGUUUUUUUACAAAAUGGCAAAAAAAGAUGCGUACAGAUGUGGCACCUGUAGAUUGAAUGGAAAUCAAUGACAAAUAACAAAGUGACAGUUACUGCUAUUAUUUUAAUGUUAUUUCUUUCAUAGAAAGCUGAUUCACAUCUCAGCUUGUGAUGGGCGACUCUGUUGCAGCUGAAAACAUGUAAAAAUGUAAGUGAGCGCUGGUUUGGUGGAUUGAGGUAAAGUGAAAUGUAUGGCUGACAGCUACAAGAGAAGAUGACUCCCAGAUGUUUCUCUUUCCUAAUGUGGCAUGAAAACAUUAUGGCAGCAGCAUCAGUCACACCGAC